AGUAUGACAUUAUUCAACAGUCAUUGACACUUCUUCAACCAUUCAAACUAGCAACAACAGAGAUGUCAGAGGAACAGAGAGUGUCUGCUUCAAAGCUCAUACCAUUGUACAGGAUGUUGCAGCACAAGCUUGCACAGAAAAAAGGAAAUGCAACGCAGGAAUCAACUGUACAAUUAGGCUCACAUCUACAAGAAGGUCUGCACUCCAGAUGUGGAGGGUACGAGACUUUUAGAGCCUUGGCACUGGCUACACUGCUGGACCCAAGGUUUAAAAAUGUGGCUUUUGGAAAUCCUGCCAAAGCCCUGGAUGCUGAAAAGCACAUCACACUGGAGUGUGCUUCACUGAUGCGUUCAAACACAACUCCUGAACCACAAAUGUCAACAUCAGGCCCAUCAUCAACACCAGUUGAAACACAAGACAGUUUAUGGGAACAUUUUGACAAUCGUAUCCGUGAGACCCAGAUGAUACACAAUCCUACAGCUGAUGCCACAGUGGAAGUGAAAAAAUACCUCAGCGAUGCGUUUUUGCCCAGAACUCAUGAUCCUCUAACUUACUGGAAAGAGAGAGCAGUAAUCUUUCCUCAUUUGUAUGUCCUAGCUAAAAAAUAUCUUUGUAUGCCAGCAACAAGUGUCCCUUGUGAGAGAAUUUUUUCAAAGGCUGGAGAAAUUAUCUGUAAAAAGAAGUAGGCUGAGUCCUUCAACA